CCCGAUUUUGCUGGUUUUCAGACUGAGGAACAUCAGUAUUUUCACGAGGUCGCCGAGGAGGUCAUGACUAAGGAUCCUUCAGUGUUGCGUGAUAUUUCUCGUAUUGUUCGAGAGCGACUUCACCCCGAAGACUUAGGCUACAUGGAACCAGAAGUUAAAACAAAUGUCAAAGGUCGACCAAAGGGGAGCAAAUCAACGAAGCGGGAUCCGAGUCGUCAUGAGUACAAGGACCGUGUACCUGGUCGUCCUAAAUCUUCCAAAGCUCAGAAAAAUCGUACAUCCGCGUCAGCUGGUUUGCAAAAUGCGGAGGUUAUUCCAGGAUUCCUUUUACCAUUCGUUGACGAGCUUGUGGACGUGCGUGGAGACGGCAACUGUGGAUUUCGCGUGGUGGCAGACCACAUAUAUGGUGACGAGAAGAUGUGGGGAAUGACUAGAAUGAACAUUGCAAACGAAAUCUCCGCCCACCCUUAUCGAUACGAGGGUAUUUUCAUUGAUGGGUUGCAAGCGGCCAUUACACCUAUUAGCUGGGAAGGCGGAGAGUGUGGCCCUAGCUACUGGAUGCAGGUAUUGGAUGACUUGUUCCCUAUUGCCACUAUCUUCAAUGCAGCUGUUAUUUACAUACAAGGCGGGACGCUACAACAGACUCGGUUCUCUUCGUUUACUGUUCUGCCUUUGCAUUCCUCUGAGGUUCACUCACGACCAUCCAAGGAGAUAGUGAUAUUGUAUAUUAGUGGACGCGCACAUUUUGUUAGGUUGAAUUUGCAGGAUAAUUUUCCUGUCCCACCAAUUCCCACGCUGUGGUUCCAGCACAGGGACCAUACUGUUCAGUCUUGGCAUACUUUAUAUGCUAAUAGGAGAGAGCAAUGGGAUAGUUUGAUAGGUAUGGCAGAUUGA